CGGAACGAUCCGGACACAACCGAAGAUGAGACCGACGUCCUGACGCAAUCAAUAAGCGACGACAGCUUGAAUUGUUUAUUCAAAUCGUGGUCAGACCAGACGGAACUGUUAUGUCGUAGACAAGGAGACCAUGGUGGAGCUGUCUAGUCAAUGACCUCUAUGGUGGGACCAACUUUUUUUUCUACACAGGAAAAGAACUUUAGUGAAGAAUACCCGAAGGGAAGCUUCAGCAUAACAACCAAGGAAGGAACAAAUCUCAACACCUGAAAUUCACAGGACCAAAGGGAAGGAGAGCAGAGGACUGUGGGGAGGGAUGUGUUGGGGAUGGGGUUGAAGAGCCAAAGGAGGACGUCAUGGUUCACAGCGGCGCUGCAUCCCCAAUGAAAACAACAUCAUCAGCAUCACCUCAUUUAACUGUUGCUGCAAAAGCAGCUCCCCCUCUAGUGCCUCCCUCUGAAGAUGCUACAGAUCAGGACCUAACGCAAACCAAUCUCCUCACCCCAGACCUUGCCUCCAACUCAGACUUGACCCAGCCCUUUACUUCAACUCCUGCCGAUCCAGCUCCCCCUGUUGUAACUCCAGAAAAAGCUCUUACUUCUAACUCAAGCCCAGCAUCAGCCUGGUCCUCUCCACAGACACCUAGUACCACUCAGAACCCACUACUCAAUGGCCGUACAUCAGGCAGAAAGAGGACUCCUAAGGCAUGUGACUGCUGUGGCCCCAACAGUAAAGGACACAAUACCCAAACCUCGGGCAGAGGGAAGGCAAGAGGGAGAGGGAGGGGGAGGGAGACGAGCAGGGACUUUAAGGACACCACAAAAAGGAAAGUGGAUGGCCAGCUGACAGGUUUAAAAUGUUUUGAUUUAACCAAGGAGACGGCAGAGGAAGCAGAGGAUGAAGAUGACACAUAUGAGAAGGUGCAAAGGACUGAAUUAGUGGCUGAUAUUAAGUCACAAUCGCCUGUUGCUCGCCCUGUCACAGUCUCCCUGCAGGAUGGACCGAUCACAAGCUAUGUUGCUCCAGAGAAAAGGGAGACGCCGAAAAUGGAAGACAUGUUGAUAGAAGGGUCAGGGGGGAGAGGAGGUGGAAAUAGCAGGACUGUGGAAAAGAUAUUGUCGGGAACGGCAGGCAGGGCAGCACCACUAGUUAAAGGGAGGGGAAGGGUGGGAGCGGUGGGAUCUAUGUCUUCAUCAAAAACAGAAGUAGAAGUUGAAAUAAAAAGGGGAUGUGUAGGUGGUGUUGUCAUCAGUUCUAAAAGUGAUUCCCUAGCUCCGUUACUGUUUGUGCAGAGGCCAGGGCAAAACAACGAUGCAGAGAUGGACCAUGGAGAGAAGACUGACCCCAGCUCAGUCAAAUCUCCAUUAGUAAAUGGAGACACGGUAAACCUUAGUGACACUGAGCCUGAAGAAGAGGCGAAGGAGGGUAACAUGAUCAAGUGUGAAAUGACAAAUGGACUACUGUCUGUUUCGCAGCAGUUGGGUCCUGCUUCAAGGUCAGGAUCUCCCCAGGACCUGGACUCUGGGAUGCAGGUGGACAAGACUCCUGACAGAACAAACUCAGUGUCCACACCAGUAACUAUAUCCAACGGAAAUGUCCCCACACCAACAAACCACUGCUCCGUACUUAUGGAGGUGGAAACGUCUCAUCCAGCUUUGGUGGCUCCUCCAUUCCAGGGCUUUAUUACAGUGUGCCGCCUGCAGCACAGCUGGGCAUUAAGAGACCACGGGCUGUACUGUCAGCCUGGAACCUGGGAGAGGGAGGGGGUGGAAGAACUAACAAAUGGACAAGAGAUGCAUGGAGAGCAACAGAAUAAAGAAUCCCUGGAGCAGCUUACUGAAAUGAUCCAUGAGUUUCUGGAGAGCUUCUACAUGAAGUACGGCAGUUUCGUUCCUCUCAGUGAGACUGAUGUCCUGGAAUAUCUAAAGAAGAAAGGCAACUCUGACCUCUGCAAUAGUUUUAGAGGCCUGGACAUCAAAAGAGAGAUGAAUCGGUACAGGGCGGGACUGGCCUCAGCUCCUAUUGCUGGCUUCAUGGUGUCGUAUAACAAACACACCCUGGGUCUGGAGGACCUUAGUACGCUGGAGGAACAGAACUGGCUCAAUGACCAGAUCAUCAACAUGUAUGGAGAACUCAUCAUGGAGGCGACACAACACAAGGUUCAUUUUUUCAACAGCUUUUUCCACAAGCAGCUGGUUGCCAAGGGUUAUGAUGGUGUGAAGAGAUGGACUAAAAAAGUUGACCUGUUCUCCAAGUGGCUGCUGCUAUUUCCCAUCCAUUUAGAAAUCCACUGGUCUCUCAUCACAGUCACCAUGGCAACCAAAACCAUCAGUUACUACGAUAGCCAAGGCAUCGUGUUCAGACACACCACAGAUAACAUUAUGAAGUACCUUCAGUCUGAAGCCAGAGAGAAGCAACAGACGGCUUUCCAGAAAGGUUGGAAGAUUACCAUCAUCAAGGGUAUUCCUCAGCAGAAAAACGACAGCGACUGUGGAGUUUUUGUCCUUGAGUACUGCCGUUGUCUCUCGGUGAAGCAGCCUCUGCUGUUCAGUCAGGAGGACAUGCCGUGCAUCCGCAAGAGAAUUCACAAGGAGCUGUGUGACUGUCGUCUCAACAUUUGAACAACAAUGAGAAUUGUUGCUCUCACAUACUGAGUGCUCGUCUGGUCACAUGAGAAGGUCUGUCAUGUGGCCUGUGUCACUGACCAGCUAACACAACGUGGCCAUCCGUAUUCCAGGGACCGUAACUGCCAAUCUGCCUGUUUGACUGACAGCAGAGUGGCUGCACUUUUGGAGUUUAUAGAAUAACAGUCUGUAGCAGAGCAGAUUUUUACUUGCAAACAACUACUGAUGUGGCCCCCUACUGAUCCACAGAAAUACUGGACCCAUACCCAUCAGGUUGUUUUUGCGUUCUACAUUUACCUUUCCCAGUGGAUUUCAAACAAAUGGCCAAAUGGACACAAUGGAGCUCUGACUUGGAAUGGGAACACGGCCGUUGGACUAGCCUGGACCAGUGGGGCGAACCUUGCAUCCCAAAUGGAGUGGCCUUACCUCCCAGAUGGCCAUUUUAGCCUGAAUGACAUUUUUAACUGUUUAUUUUAUGCUGGACUUCGCAGCAGCAUCAUUGUAGUUUCUAACAUGUUUAAUAAAGUUAGGACUUUUUGAUUCAGUGGACCAACCAUUCACUUAAAACUUGAAGGUUUGAUUUGGUUUUAUUCUCUUGGACUACUGAUAUUUGCACAGUUAGAGGCCUAUCCAUUGAAGAGUCUAGAAUACCAACUGAAUGUACUGAUCGCAUAUUCUUCCUGGCUGCCUCCCAGGGUGGAGACUUAACACCGUACAGGUUAAUGGCACAUUUUGGCUGAGGUUUGAAACAGGGACUAUAUUUUAAGGCAGUUAUUUGUUUGAAGUUUUUGGCACCUUCCUUUAAAUAAUUUCUGAUUUAAAAUUCCAGGUUUUCACCACAUUAUUUCCUGCUUGUUUUGUUUCGCUGUUAUCACAUCCCUAUGAUUGGAUUUGUAAGUAUUUUUCUGCCUUUUCAGCUGAAAUCCAUUGUUUGACUUUACAUUUGAAUCUGUCAAUUUUGGUUGAAAACAGAUUCUCAUGUUGGCUUGGAAAUUUCAUGUCAGGUGUACAGCUAGCUGCUGAUGUGAGCACCGCCGGUUUCGACAUUAGCCAAGCAGUCAAUGCUUCCUGCUUCACAAGGACUCAUUACCACAGGAGUAGAAAGUCGUAGUUCCAGAGUGGCCUCUCAACAAAGGAACAAGUGGACCUCAGUUAUUUUUAUUUAAUCCUCUGUCCAACCUAGAUUUUGUCGUUGUAUUCAGUUAUAAAUGUAUUUACAGAUUGUAUUGUACUUUUACUGGCCUACUAAAGUAUAUGCUUGCAAUUGCUUAAACCUAGAAUUGUUUCUAGGCUGUUUUUAUCGUUGUUAUUAAAAGGCCAUAAUUGCUGGGAAUUGUUUUGC